AAAAAAAUAAAAUAGGUCUAAAUUUGGCAACAAAUCGGACUUAUCCAAGCCCUACAUCGUUGAGGUCACCAUCAAUAGUCACAUUUGUUAAAAUUUUGUUAAAUUUUUUUUUAAGUAAAAGGGCAUGGAGGACUACGCACGAGAGCCGUGUCCAUGGAGAAUUAUGGAAGACUGUGGGGGUGCUUUUUCAAUGGGUGCCAUUGGAGGCAGUUUAUUUCAUGGUGUCAAAGGCUUUAGAAAUGCUCCAAGUGGUAACUACAGGCGUUUAAUAAGCAGUUUUGUCACUUUAAAGGAGCGAGCACCAAUAGUAGGAGGAAACUUUGCAGUAUGGGGUGGCCUUUUCUCAGCUAUAGAUUGCACUAUGGUAUACAUGAGGAAAAAGGAGGAUCCUUGGAAUUCCAUAACUAGUGGGGCCCUUACUGGAGCGAUUCUUUCAGUUAGAAAUGGAACAGGGGCUAUAAUUGGCUCAGCGAUUAUUGGUGGUGUUUUACUUGCUUUAAUAGAAGGCUUUGGUAUCAUGUUUACAAGGUUUACUGCAGAACAGUUCAACCCUGCUAAUCGUAUGAUGGAAGAAGAUCCAGCUCUAGCAUCUCAACAGUUUCCCACAGUAGGUUCUUUAGGAGGACAGGAGGGCAGCUCUAUAUUUGGAUCACAACAUUCGUAUCAGUAGCUUCCAACAUACAUUAGAAAAUGUGUACAGAUUCAUCAGAAACCAAUAAAUAACACAUCAUACAUCACCUCAACUGGCCAAAACCUGGUGGUUAUGUUCUUCAGAAGUGACAGUUUUAAUUAGCACAGUUAGUGUUAUCUUGUGCUUACCAUUUUUUUUAUACCACAAAGAGGUUUCCUUUUUGUGAUAUAUCUGGGCUGUCACUUUUAGUUUGUUCUGUUUGGUGGUGACUUUAUUUACUCAUUUGGUUACAAAAGUGUACUUUCACUUUAAACAAACUACUCUCCUAUUACAAUAUCCUGCCUUGUGCUCUUAACAAGUUAGGUUCUUAUGUUUGUUGACCAAGUAAGUUAUAAUGUUUCCAUUAUUUUAGAAAAUACAAUUUAUAAUGAUCUUAGUGAAAAUGUUUGUUUAACUGGUGAUAUUGAGCUUAAUUUGGUGAAGUUAAGCUUUCAACAAGUCAAAGACAUAGAAAACAGAAGUAUGCUAUUGCAUAUUGCAGUAAAAAAAAAUUUCAGCACUGACUGUAAUUUUAAACAAAAGCACAAUAUUAUUGUCAGCAGAACAUUUGGCAUUACUGUAAGAAUACAGUUAGAUUUGUUUUUUAAGUACGUAAUUUUAAUCUGUAGUAUACAAUAAAGUUUUCAAUACUGUG